UUUCCAUUCUUACAGUCUUCGAUCUGUGUUUGUCCUGCAGAUGGCGCUCCAGUGUCAUCGAAGAGUUCUUGAUGUUUAUGAAUGGCAAAAGUAUUUUUACGUAUUUACAGAUGGUAACUUUAUUAGGAGAUUGUGAUUUUUAUUGAUUUAAUAUUUAAGUUUCUCGUGUGAUCAUUGAACCCUUUAGGGGCGUGGAGUGUUUUUUUCUCUCGGUCAAUCUGCUUACAUCUAAAUGUCUGCGAUCUGCUCUCAACUGUCUGGGAUCUGCCGUCUGUGCUGACAGGGGGAGGAGCCUGGCUGGCUACGAUCAGGGCUCCACCCCCUCCCGUUGAGGAGAGCCGGGCCGCGCGGGGAUGAGUGACCAGGAGCGCGCGGGAUGACUUCUUACCUGCAGAGGAAAACGGCGGCGGCGCAGCUCCAAUGACCGGCGUUGGAAGAUAGUUUCUCCAGCACGUGCGAUGGCCCACAUCUUCAAAUGGACUGGUGGACGUCUACCCAGUCCAGUUCCUAUGCCUGUUCCGGUGGCUCUAAGUGAGGGUUUUUGAAAGGUUCAAAAUGCCAGGAUGCCCAUCACUCAAGACAACGCCCGCAGCAUCCUCCUGCUGCUGGGGGACUGGCACCGGGCCCACAUCGAGAGAUCGCAGCAAACGGAUGGCCUGAAGGAAAACGGUUCGGGGUCUAAGACUGGAGAAGAGGAUGGGGCCUGCUGCAGUCCGGACGAGGGCCUGUCCCUGUGCCUGGCUGCCUGUCAGAAGCUGGGGGAGUACAUCAACUUUAACUUCGUGGAGGGUGAAGCGAAUCCACCCAGCAGCCUGUGGGGCACGGAGGCCGUGGACAUGGAGCUGCAUGCGGUCUUCCUCAGAAAAGGCGAGGCGGACGGCGAAGAGCUUGGCCUCAGCUUUGGGAACAUCCCCAUUUUCGGGGACCCUGAAGCUAGGAAGAAGGGGGUUCAACGGAGGAGGAGGGACCAGGGCCCAGUCAUAGAUGUGGGCUGCAUUUGGGUGACGGAGGUGAGGAAGAGGAGCCCGGCGUGCUCCUGUGGCCGCAUCAAACUGAGAGACGAAGUGCUGUCAGUGAACGGGCAGCUGAUGGUGGGCGUGGACGUCAGUGGCGCCAGUUACCUUGCUGACCAGUGCUGGAACAGAGGCUGCAUUUACCUGAUCCUGCUGCGCCGGGUCAAGAAGAAAGCUCCGCCCCCUCCCUCUGAUGUCAGCAUUCCUUUGAACAGCAUCUCAUGUGAAGAUCUAAAUCAGGACCCCAAUCAGAAUCCACAUCAAAACCAGCAUCAGGAUCUGCAUCUGGACCCCAAUCAGGAUCUGCAUCAAAACCAGCAUCAGGAUCUGCAUCUGGACCCCAAUCAGGAUCUGCAUGUAAACCAGCAUCAGGAUCUGCAUCUGGACCCCAAUCAGGAUCUGCAUCAAAACCAGCAUCAGGAUCCCCAUCAAAACCAGCAUCAGGAUCUGCAUCAAAACCAGCAUCAGGAUCUGCAUCUGGACCCCAAUCAGGAUCUGCAUCAAAACCAGCAUGAGUAUCUGCAUCAGGACCCUUGUCAGGAUAUACAUCAAGACCAGCAUCAGGACCCCCAUCCGAGCCUCAUAGAGGAUCUGCAUUGGGACUUGCAGAGGGGCAAGCAGCAAGACCCAAAUCAGAACCAGCAGGCCCUGCAUCAUGGCAGCGAUGCCUCUGAAGUCUCCAACACGUCAGCAAACUGCAAACGCACGAGAAAGUUUGGCGUUAUUUCACGCUCUUCAUUUCACCGAGACCAGCAGGAUGGUUCUGACCCAGAGCUCUUGGACUGUGUUGCAUCCACAGAGAAAUCCAACUUCCCAACUCAGUUGUCAGCAGCUCGUUCCCACAACGGCGUUGCUGCAACGCUGCCAGCAAAGUCUUGCCGACAACUGUCAGAAUGCAGAAUGAGUUCAUUCGUCAGUGAGCCGUCAGGACAGCACAGAGAAGGCAGCCACAUCUGGAAGAUGCACAUGGUGAAGGGUCAGGAAGGACUGGGCAUACAUAUCACAGGGGGGCGUGGCUCCAAGAGGUGUCCUCACGGCAUCAUCAUUGCUCGCAUAGAGGAGGGCGGCGCCAUUCACAGAGACGGGCGUCUUCAUGCUGGCGAUGAGCUGCUGAUGGUCAAUUGUCAGUCUCUGGUGGGUCUCACUCAUCAGGAGGCCGUUGCAAUCCUCCGCUCCACCUCAGGCUUAGUCCAGUUGGUGGUGUCCAGCAGUGAGGAGUCAGACGUAGAUUUCAAACACUUCCCAUCCACCAGUCUUCCGGACAUCUCCAGCACCUGCAGAUCCUCCUCCUCCUUGUCCUUAGCGUCUCCAGCGAGCUUCUUCCAGCCCCCCAGCAGCUGCUCCGCUCUGGAGAACCAGAGAACGGCUGAGAGUUUGGAGAAACUUGACAAACACAGUGAGGAGGACUUAAAAACAUGGAAAUGUAGCCCCCCGCCCAUGAAGCUGUGCAGCCAAUCUCAAGGGGGCGGCACCCGCCUGGAGUCAGUGGGCGAGGAUGACGAGCUGUUUAUGGACGGCGGGGGGGUUGAAGUGGCAGCAAAGCCCCUGGCCGGUCGCCGUAAACACUCACUACCUCAACAGCUGUACGCCGCUGGAGUCAGGCAGGAUUAUCCGCUCAUUAAGAAAGCAGCACGCUCCCUGAGCACCGUUCAAGUGGAGUCUCCAUGGCGACUAGCUCAGCCGUCCAUUAUUUCCACCAUCGUGCUGAUGAAAGGCCGAGGAAAGGGUCUCGGAUUCAGCAUUGUGGGGGGGCAGGACUCCGCUCGAGGACAAAUGGGAAUAUUUGUAAAAACCAUCUUCUCUAACGGUGCAGCAGCAGCGGACGGCCGGCUGCAGGAGGGGGAUGAGAUCCUGGAGGUGAACGGAGAGUCUCUGCAGGGACUGACCCACCAGCAGGCCAUCCACACCUUCAAGCAACUCAAAAAAGGGGUGGUGACCCUCACCAUCAGGACUCGCUUGCGCAGUCCCAGCCUCACGCCAUGUCCCACCCCCACCCUCCCGAGCCGCUCUGGCUCCCCCAACUCUAAUGCCAACGCAGGCGUGCCCCCUCCCUCAAGCCCAGCAGAUUGUGACGUCUUUAGGAGUCGUGGUCUGGGCCAGGUUCCUGGACCGGGUCUGGGUCCAAAGGACUGCAUCAUCAUGGAGGUGACCCUGGAUAAAGAGCCCGGCGUCGGCCUGGGGGUCGGGGUCUGCUGUCUGAGCCCGGAGAACGCCCCCUCUGGGAUCUACAUCCACAGUCUGGCUCUGGGAUCAGUGGCUCGGAUGGACGGCAGGCUCAGCCGUGGUGACCAGAUCCUGGAAGUGGACUCUGUCAGCCUCCGUCAUGCUGCUCUCAGCGAGGCCUACGCCAUCCUCAGCGAGUGCGGCCCGGGACCCGUCAGUCUCAUCAUCAGCAGACACCCUGACCCCAAGAUAUCCGAACAAGAGAUGGAUCAGACCAUCUCCAGAUCCACAUCCAAGGACAAACUGAAUCGAGGCCGACUGUCCUCCCCAGGUGCAUCCCGGACAAGCCCCCACCCGACUGGAAGGGACCAGCAAGGAGAAACAUCCCCGCUUCUCAGCUGGACCAUGAAGAGGUUCCUGGAGCCUGCCAGCAGGGGAUCGCUCAGUUCGGAGGUGGAGCUGUCCCAGUUUCUGUCCCAGGACUCCUCCUUCCACUCUGAGUUCAUCCUGAGGAGCUCCAACAGUGAGGAGGUGUUGCACCGGCGGAGCGCCUCCCCCUGUGCCGAUGGGGACUCCCCUCAUGCAAUCAGCCGCUCCCUGUCAGCAGCAGAGGACCCCCCUCCCUGCCCCAACCAUCACAGAGAGCCCCUGAUCCGAACUCUGCCCUCCUCCAGCCCCGCCUCGGCGAGAAGCCCACUCCUGCGCCAGCUCCGGGUUCUGUGCUUGGACGAAGAGCUAAGUGAGGAUGAGGAGAAGGCAGCGGGUGCUGCCUCCCCAGGGCCGUUCAUGCCUGCAUGUGAUCAGCCGGCUGUAGGCCCCUUCCAGGUGCUCCUCAGGUCCGUACCGGGAGCUGCAGACGGGAGAGCCGAGGAGGAGCAGCCGUCGGAACGUGUGACUCUGAGGAGAAGUGAGGAAGAGUCCUUCGGCUUAGACCUGGAGAUCACAUCGUCCCCCCUGAUCGUCACGGUGGCAGGAAUAAAGCCUGGCAGUGCAGCAGCAUGGGAGUCUGCAGGGAGGCUCCGUGCCGGAGAUCAGGUGCUGAGGGUGGGGGACACCUGGGUCCACUCCUGCAGCUACCAGGAGGUCUGUGAGCUCAUGCACACCCUUCCUCUGACUCUGGAGCUGGAGGUCAGGCGAGCCGCAGCUGUAGAGGAACAGUCCGCUCCAAAGAUGGACCCUCAAGACCGGUCAUCCCCGAGGACAGUCUCGGGCAGCAGGGGUGGACCAAACCUGGAGGGGGCUGUCCUGAAGUCAAUCCCUGAAGGACGAAGUUCAGAUUUGGAGGAUCUCCAUGACAACCAACCAUCAAACUUUGACUGUGAAACCGUCCACCCGCAAACAGAUGACGAUGUUGGUUUGAAUGUGGAGUCACCUUUACCGGCGUGCCCCCCUGACCCUGCGUCCUGCCGUCUGGACCCGUCAACUGUGGCUCUCUCUGAGGCUGCAGGCCAGAUCCAGAGUCAGUCCACGAGUUCUGGUGCUGGACUACCUGAUGAGGACUUGAGCACUGACCUCAGCCGGGCGAUGGGAGAAACGAGCGUCUUUCAGAAUUCUGCCUCUAGUCGGGAGGAUGAGGAGUUCGGUUCCUGUGCUCUUCAUCCGUCUGUGAGGGGAGGGCCGUCUUCACUUCCCCACACCCCCCAGGUUUCUUCUGCUGCUUCUCAGAUGAGCACAGACAAUUCUGUAACGAACUUCUGUCAGCAGCCCCCCGCAGCCCCACCCCGCCCAGCCUCCAGCAUGACGGUCCCAGACCAGGAGAGUCCCAGGAACGGAACCAGAACUGAGGAGAGUCCAGAGCCCAUCCAUGGAAACAUCUGCCGCCCCCCGACGGACAGCGUCAGUCAGGGGGUUUCUGCAGACGUGCACGCUGUUGUGCACAAUGACUGUCACGCUGAUGCCCAUAAUGACGUGCACAAUGGGGGCCAUGCUGACAUGCAUGCAGGAUUCAGAAAUGACGCUGGAGCCUUUUCACACUCCACGGCUCGGAUGAAGCGUUGGUUUCAGCCGGUGACGCUGGAGUCCAGUUUCCUGAACUCCUGUCAGGAUUCCAACAUGAACGAGAACAUGAACGGCUCUGAACAAGGGCCUCCGGGGCCCUCCCCACGGGCCUCACAUUUUGAGAAGGAAAAUGCCUCUCGGUCUGCAACACCUCCUCCAUCGGCCUCCCAGAAAUCGGAACCUGGACAUUUGUCAGGAACCAGAACCGGAGCGGCUCCGCCUGAAGACACCAGAGUGUCCGAGCUGAUCUCCCCCGGCUCCUCUGCAGCAGAAGGUAAGGCGGGGGGCGUUUCUUCUGCAGCCGAGCAAACGGGAGCAAAGAGCGGCUCCGUGAUAAGUGCUGCUGUAGGGACAGGGGGGGGCUUGAAGUCCACGAGGAGCUGGGAGUGUCACGGCCCCCCCACAAAUGUCCUCUCAGACUGCCGCCCCUUCUCGGUCCGCCACCGAAUCAAGUCGUUUGAAAGCCUGGCUAGUCUGGACAGACCUGUGAGCAGAAGCUUCGCCCUGACGUUCCCCUCGCUUCACCACAAGGAAUCUGCCUGCGGGGGUCCCAACAGCACCAGAUCUCAAGAGGGGGGUGUGCUCGCUCCCCAGACCUGCUCCCCCCUCCCUAACCACGCUCACAUUGCUAAUAACGGCUCUCCGGAUGGACCCACAGCGCACACCCAAGCAUUUCUGCGGCGCAGACACGGCAGACCCCCCCCUGGCAGGCUGCGGCAGCUCCAAGCCCUGAGCAUGCCUGAGCUGGACCAGCUGUGCACAGUGACCUCCAGGGGGGGUGACGCUGCUGUGAUUCCCGCCAAAGCCGGAGGGACUGAGCGCCCCCCUCCAUCUGUGAGUCUGACCAAGGUGAUCCGGAUCAUCCAUGCAGACCCUGGAUCCCCCGUGCACGCCCCCCCAGAGACCACAAACAGCAAAGACCCUGGAUGGUCCAUCAGGCUGGACGAGCUGGCAGCCUCCUCUGUGAAGCAGCAGAAGCUGCGGGCGCUGCUGUCCUCGCCCUCCAGCGGAUCCUCGGUGGCGAGCCCGCUGCACCAGAGCCUAGCCCAGGCUGACCGCGGCUCGCUGCUUGUCGUCCUCAACAAAGGCGAAGGCUCCGGACUCGGGUUCAGUAUUGCCGGUGGCGCCGACCUGGAGCAAAAGAAAGUCAUUGUUCACAGGGUCUUCUCCAAGGGGGCAGCCAGCCUGGAGGGCUCGAUCCAAAGAGGCGACAGCGUAUUGUCCAUCAAUGGAACAAGUCUGGAGGGGAAAACCCAUCGGGAGGCGGUGUCGUGCCUUCAUCAAGCCAAACCGUCCAGCCAAGCUGUGGUCGUUAUUUGGAGGAACAACGUGGAGCCGGCUCGCCACACCGUGAUCUGGCCGGACCGAGCCGACGGUGCGUUUACCGUGGAGCUUCAGAAGAGCAGUGCCGGCCUGGGCUUCAGUCUGGAGGGGGGCAAGUCUUCCUGCCAGGGGGACAGGCCCCUCACCAUCAAACGCAUCUUUCCAGGGGGCGCUGCAGAGCAGUCUGGGCUCAUUUCCGUGGGGGAUGAGGUUCUGUCCAUCAACGGCUGCUCUCUGGAGGGGCUCAUGCACCACGACGCCUGGAAGAUCAUCAAAAACGCAGACGAAGGUCUCAGCCAGCUUCUCCUCCGCAGACCCAUGAAAGACGCCCCUGCUCAGAGGAUCCUCUGUAAAGCCCCCCCCACAACACGACAUGAGCCAGCAGCAGAGGGGGGGGCUCUGCACCUUCUGAUAAAGGACUUAUGUUGAACUGUGCUGUGUGGAUCCUGCCUGACAGGUCUGUGUGACAAGCAUGUACACACAAAGGACUUUUUUUUUUAAAUAAACGACUUCUGAGAAAACAUGCA